CCCGUCCUCAUUCUCCAGGUUGUCGGGUCCAAGUUUAUUUAAGCUGGGGACGAUCUUCAUCCGAGUUUCCCUGAUCACUCCGCUACCUCGCACCGCCUGUCUAUCUGGUGUGCCUUUCAGAUCAAAGUUUUCGCAGCUCUUGACAUUGAAAUUCUUCACCUCCAACCGACAUCAUGGCGGAAGUUAAGCCAGAGAUCGGCCAGCUCGAAUCGCACCAGAACAAUGCUGCAAAUGAUAUCGAGAAACGUCUGGAGCCCGUCGAGAGUAACGUCGAUGUUCAAAAACCUGGAAUUGUCAACGAGGAUGCUGCCGUUGGUUACCGACAAUAUCACGAAGCUCUGCAGCUGGAAUUCUCUCCGGAGGAAGUAAAACGAGUGCGCUGGAAAAUUGAUUUCAUCGUUCUGCCUAUCUUCUUGGUUACCCAAGCUCUGCAGUUCAUGGACCGGACUGCGUUGAACUAUGCGAACUUAUUCAACUACCAAAAGGCAUUGGGCCUCAAGGGCCAACAGUUCAACUACCUCUCAGCCAUGAUCUAUGCAGGAUACUUCUUCGGCCAAUAUCCAUGCGGUUGGCUCAUCGGUCGUUACCCUGCACAGAGAGUUGUUGGCGUCAGUUGUCUUCUUUGGGGGGUAAUGGUUCUCGCCCUGACCGCCUGCCGAACAUACCAAAGUGCUCUCGCAGUCCGAUUCAUCAUGGGCAUAUUCGAGGCGGCUGUAACCCCUGGCCUUACUUUGAUGACUGGAUUCUGGUACACGAGGCGAGAGAUCCCACUCCGUCAAUGCAUUUGGUAUUCAUCUCUUGGCUGGGGCGGUAUUGUUGGUUCAUAUAUCUCGAUGGGUGUCUCGAAGCUUCCGGCGAACUUGAAACCGGAACGUUGGGAAUUGAUAUUCUUUAUUCUUGGCGGGGCGACUUGUCUUUGGUCAUUCGUGAUCUUCUUCUUACUCUCUGACUCGCCAGCAAAUUCCUUCUUUUUGACUGAACGAGAACGGCUCAUUGCAGUCAGGCGAGUAGCUGGCAAUGAAACCGGAAUCAAGAACAAGAAGUUCGUGCCGAAGCAAGCUCUUGUUGCUUUCAAAGACCCGAAGGCAUUGCUCCUCUUCACUUCAGUCUUCGCUGCAGCCAUUCCAAACGGUGUCGUGAACUCCUUCUCCACAGUCAUCAUCCGUGAUAUGGGGUUUUCAACGACUCGAACAACGGAACUCAAAUCCGUUGGCGACGCAGUCCAGAUCAUCGCCCUCAUUAUCGGAGGAGCGAUCACCCUCAAUGUCCCAAACUCUCGCCUCUUAACUGCAACAGCAGCAAAUAUUCUCUGUGUAGUAGCAGCGGGCUGCAUGGCUUACCUCCCGCGCUCGAACACUUGGGGCCGUCUCGUCAGUUUCUGGCUCGUGAACGCACAAUCCGUCGGUUUUACCAUCUCGCUCAUUACAGUGUCCUCGAAUAUGGGUGGAUAUACCCAUCGUUCAAUGGCUAGUGCUAUGGUUUUUACGGCGUACUGUUGGGGCAACUUCGCCGGCCCCUUCGUCGUAAAAGCCUCCGAGGCACCCACUUACCACGGUGCAACGAUCGGUCUCUUGGUAGGGUAUAGCAUCAAGAUGGGCUGUCAUCUGACGAUGCUGGCAUAUAUGUUCUUCACGAAUCGGUAUAGGGAUCGGACGUAUGGACCUGCCGAUAAGGAGCAGAGUGAGGAGGCGGGGAUGCAGGAUCAGACGGAGUUUCAGAAUAAGGACUUCAGAUAUGUGCUUUGAGGUGGGGAAUGAGAAGUUGUAAUGUUUUUCUUCUGUUUUUUGGAAAUAGUUGCCGACUUCCUGGAGAGGCUCGCUUAAUUUACGAACACUGUUCAUUGCUGCUCCUUCCUCCU